AUGGCUCCCUUUCAGUCAUUCCUGGACAUUGUUGCAGCCUGCGACAACUACCGCAUAGAUGCAGACCGCACGUCCCUCACCACCUGGCGUCUAACCGCCCGUCCCACAUCCCCUGCCAUCGGCGUCCUGCGCCCAGAAAUCGUAACCCAGCUUCGUGCGGAAGAUGCCAAAGGCUCGGUCCCAGCAUGGGAGUUCGCCACACACGAAGGCAGGCAGGUCGUCGGCUUCUCGUCUCACAUCCACGGGCCGUCUGCACGCACGCGCGUCAUGAAAGAGCUGUGUGAGCGCUGGCGGGACGAAGGGCGCUGGCCCGACGUGAUCGGCCCACGGAAAUGGCGGAACGAGAUGUACGCGGUAUACCGCAACCCGUUCGGCGUGCACGAUGCGCUGCAGAUAGACGACACCGAUGACGACGAGGCGAACUAUGCAUUUAUGAUGGAGCGCUCCGCGUGCGCGCUCUUCGGCGUAGUGACGUACGGUGUGCACAUGUCGAUCUUCGAGGAGGACGAGGACCGGCAUGGCGCGUUGGACUCUUGCCGCAUAAGCAAGCAGACGUGGCCGGGCUACCUCGAUAAUACCGUCGCCGGAGGCAUCCCGUGUGGGCUCGGCGCGUUCGAGAGCCUCGUCAAGGAGUCGAUGGAGGAGGCUAGCCUUGCGGAAGACGUGGUCCGGACGCACGCGCGAGCAGCAGGCACUAUAAGCUAUUUCUUCCGAUAUGUCUAUGACCUCCGCAUCCCCACCGGGGCAGAUCCGGAAGCAUAUAAGCCGACGCCACUCGACGGCGAGGUUGAAUCGUUCGACCUCCUGUCCCUGGCCGAAGUUGUGUCGCGCAUGCAACGGGGACUGUUCAAGCCCAACACGGCGCUGGUGAUCCUCGAUUUCAUGAUCCGCCGCGGCAAAGGUGUAGUGCCAAAUGGUCGCACAGGUGCUACUAGCAGCAUGCGCUGGAUUCAGCUGUUCCCAAUAGGAUUUGCUAAUAUUGCAGCCGGCACAGAAUCGUUUCCCCAGGACGUCAAGCCAUCAGAUGAUCCGUGUGACUCAGGCGGCGGCCUUGGGUUUCUCAGAACACCAGUAAGCUUAGUCGAGAGCGGGUGGAUACUUGAAGCCAGUAAAAAUUCGCAAGACUAG